GCUCUGCAGUCUGCGCCUCAAGAAACUCACAGUCCUCAAAGAGCUGGACAAAGAGCUGAGCUCUGUGCUUAUCGCUGUGAAGAUCCAGGGUUCAAAGCGAGUCCUGAGAUCAAAUGAAUACGUCCUCCCGCCUGGCGGCCUGAUGGAGACAGAGCUGGAGCUGACCUUCUCACUGCAGUACCCACACUUCCUCAAGAGAGAUGGCAACAAGCUACAGAUCAUGCUGCAGCGGAGGAAGAGGUACAAGAACCGCACAAUCCUGGGCUACAAGACCCUUGCAGUGGGAAUCAUUAACAUGGCCGAGGUGAUGCAGCACCCAACGGAUGGUGGGCAGCUGCUGGGCCUCCACAGCAACAUGAAGGAUGUGAACAUCCGCGUGGCUGAAAUCAGCAUUUACUCUUUGUCCAGUCAGCCCAUUGAUCAUGAGGAUGGGAACGUUCCCUCAGGUCCUAAAAUCAAAGCUUCAGAUCGCUCCCCAGACAUUGAUAACUACUCUGAAGAAGAGGAUGACAGCUUCUCCUCAGAGCAAGAAGCCAGCGACGAUGCUGUGCAGGGUCAGGAUCUGUUUGAUGAAGAGGAUGACUUGAGGAAAACCAAGAAGGCUAGGAGGAAAAUGAUCCGAACCACAUCAAUGACCAGACAACCAAACUUCAAGCAGAAAUUUGUGGCUUUGCUGAAGAGGUUCAAAGUGACGGAGGAGGUCCUGGACUCUGACCCUGUAGACCAGACCCAAGAGGUGGAGGAGGACUUGGGCUUGCUCUAUGACAGCCUGGAGGAGUGCAACAACAGUGACAGUGGCCCAGAGAUUGAGGACAAUGAGAGUGUGCACAGCACACCCAAGCCCACCCUGAGGCGUUUCUUUGAGGGAGUCUCUCAUUCUGGUUCCCAGACUGAGAUCGGCAGUCUGCACAGCCAGAAAGGGCAGGAUCAAGAGGCGGGCAGCCCUGGCGAGCCAGACAAGCGGAAGCCAGGAGUGCUGCGGCCACAGGAAGAGCCAGGAGUGGAAGUCCCUGCAGUGGAGCUGGCCACAGAGGAGCCAUGUUCCCGGCUGGCCCCCGCAGAGACUGCCACAAGGGAGAGCAGUGUGGACAGGCUCGCCCAGCUGGGCCCUGGCACCAAAGCCGAGCUCCCCAGUGCCGUGUCCCCCAGCAAGGCUGAGAGCAAGCAGCUGUGGCGUCCCCGCAGCACCUCUGUGAAGGACCGGCAGAGCUCAAAGGGACAGGGUGGCCGCACCAGCAGCCUGGACAGCGAGAGCUCUCCAGACUCGUGGCACAGCACUCAGGUGCCCCGAAAGUCUGUUUAUGAUCAACUGAACCAGAUCCUUGUCUCCGAUGAGCAGCUUCCCGAGAGCAUUGUGCUGGUGAAUGUUUCUGAGUGGCAGGGCCAGUAUGUGAGUGAGCAGCUCCAGGCGCACAAGCAGUUGGUCGUGUCCACCUGCUCCGUGGCGGACAUCCAGGCAGCCUUCAACACCACUGUCUCCCGCAUCCAGCGAUACUGUAACUGUAACUCCCACAUGCCUCCCCCAGUGAAGGUGGUGGUGGCAGGUGACCAGAGCUACCUGAGCGUUGUCCUGCGUUUCUUUGUGGAGCAGCUGGCCAGCAAGACUCCCGACUGGCUCAACUAUCUUCGCUUCCUGCUGGUGCCACUGGGCUCUCACCCUCUGGCGAAGUACCUGGCCUCGGUGGAUAACAAGUACAGCACUCUCUUCCUGGACACAGCAUAAACGGAGCCACCCAGCGCAGACACUGUGGACAUCGCGGGCCGUGUUGCCCAGUUCAUCGCUGGAGCCAGCCUCUCUCACCAGCUCCCCAUCUCAGAGGCUAUGCUGACCUACAAGCAGAAGAGUCCCUGGAUCCCUUCUCCUUCACCUUUUGUACCCUUUGUGGGGGUGGUGAAGGUGGGCCUGGUGGAGCAGUCCUUCAGCGCCUCUGUGGACUCAGAUGAUGCCACAGUGUGCACUCCGUCCCUGCUGAGCUCAACACCAACUGCCAGUGGAUCAGCCCCCUAUGGCAAAGAGACUGUGAGCACCCCGCCACCCUCCCCAUCUGUCAGCAGUGGCCUCUCCGGCGCUGGGUCUCUGAGCCCUGGUGUGGAGGUGAUGGGCCUGCAGGUGGACUACUGGACAACACAAGGGCUGGACAGAAAGAAGGAGGGCGAAAAGCGGGAGACAGGUAUCAAGAACACACUCAAGAGCAACUUCCGCUCACUCCAGGUCAGCCGCAUCCCCGGCACGGGGGAGCUGGUGCCCCCUAGCACCAUGGCCAUGACUGUGGUCACCAAGGAGAAGAACAAGAAAGUGAUGUUCCUGAGCAAGAAACCAAAAGAGAAGGACCUGGAGCCCAAAAGCCAAGUCAUUGAAGGGAUUACACGCCUCAUCUGCACAGCCAAGCACCAGAACACCAUGUUGCGAGUCUCCAUAGAUGGGGUGGAGUGGAACGAUGUGAAGUUUUUCCAGCUGGCAGCACAGUGGCCAACACACGUCAAGUACCUCCCCGUGGGCAUCUUUGGCUAUUCGAAGAGUGUGUGA